AUGGCAGCACUAGCCCUCAAAACUGCAGGAACGAGUUCUCAGGGGGGCGAGACCAGCACAGGCUGGGAUAGCACAACAAUCUUACUGGAAGGCCCCGAGGCAUAUUCCGCCGCAUCCCCCGAGGUACGGCCCAGUCGAUCGAACGAGUCUCACUUGGAUGAAGCUCCUGCAGAUGAUGUUUUCGACGUGGGAAGCGAUGAUGAGAGCACCGAUGGUGACGAUGAUAACGACGAUAACCCCUCCCAGCCUCAGACGCCGGUGGCGGCACUCCGUGUAAGGCGUGGCGCGAUCAAGACGAUUACCUUGCCGCCGAAGGGGGUCCAGAUCCAAGGUUCUGGCUUGGACACCACCAUUUCCCAAGGUCGGCAGGCCCAAGGCAACAUCAAAGCUGAAUCCGGGGCACCUUCAUGGUUUGAGCUCGAUGAAGUCGAAGCCCUGAAGGAUCGAGAUGUCAAGUCUUGCAGCCAACAAGCGGAGGAUCCGCAAGCUCAGAUCGAUCGAUACUGGCAACCCACAGGACACUAUCGAGCCAGCGCCAAGGCGGAUCCAGGCCAUCCUCCAGCCGAGGUCGAUUCCACUGCCGAGGCUGAUCGAGGGGCGGCGUCCUCCGCCAAGGGGGCUGGCUCAUCAAUGCGCGUCUCGAUCGCUUCUUCACCCGGGUUGCAGUUCCCACUGUGA